AUGGGAUCUCGCGUUCUCGACUCGACGACUUUACAACUMUUCGAAUCUAGUACAUCGCCGUCAACUAUUCCGAACUUCGACGAAUUAUUAAAUUUUGUGCAACGUCGAUGUAAGAUUUUGGAAAAUCUUACSAAAUCUAAUAAAGUCGGUCGCAAUGAUAAAUCCUCGGAUAAAUCGUUCGACAAACCGGAUAUUCGCGGUAAAUAYACCAAAUCGACCAAAUCAGUGUUCGCCGCUACUACGUCUACGUCGAUUAAAUCUAAAUCUCGACAUUGUUUAUGUUGUGAUAAGCCUGAUCACAAAAUAUAUCAUUGUCCGAAGCUCGCCGGCAUGACUGUCGAUAAACGUCGAGAAACUGUAUUAGCGCGUAAAUUAUGUUUCGCGUGUAUGAGUCCGAGUCAUAUGGUCAAUACGUGUCCGUCAACGAAAGGUUGUUUUUCGUGCCACAGUAAACGUCAUCACUCCUUGCUACAUCGUGAACAAGGUCGUACGUCAACUGCAGAUACUGGGACUCCGAAUAUUAACCCGACACCUCAACCAACCACGUCGAAUGGCGGUCCUAGUUCGUUUGUCGGUACCGCCUGCACCAAUUCUACCGUCGUAUUAGGUACAGCGAUUGUGCAUAUCAAAGACGCUUGGGAACGAGUACAUUGCGUACGGGUAUUGCUCGAUAGUGGUUCGCAGAUUUCGGCCGUGACUAGUGAAUGUGCAGCGCGGCUUGGACUUUUGAAACGUCGUUACAAGUCCGACAUCGUCGGUUUCGCACAAAGUCCUGUGUCUCACGUGCAAGGGGUAACCAGCUGUCAAUUUUCGUCGCAUUUCAAAUCAGAUUAUUUAUUCCCGUCGGUCGAAUUAGUUAUUCUAAAACAAAUUACCGCAGCCAUGCCGUCCACACGGUUGCCGAUAGCUGUGCGUCAGCAAUACCAACACCUCCGUUUCGCGGACGAAACUUUCGACAUUCCGUCGCGCAUCGACGCUCUAUUCGGCGCAGAUAUACUACCUAGUCUUAUUCGCCCACACGCGGGCUUGGARCAUCAUCCGGGUUUACCAUCGGCCCUCGACACUCAGCUCGGCUGGAUAAUUUUUG